CGCCGACACUGGGAAUUACAUCUUUUUUGCAUCAAAACAACGCAGUCCAACUGAAGAUAAUUUUGGCACUCAGUAUAUUCAGCGAGCGUUGAGAUCAUGGCAUGCCGAAAGACAGUUAUCGCUACGCCACUCCGACAGAUCGACCUGCCAAAAGAUGGCGACUUUUGGGCGUGGUAUCGCGAGACUUUGGAAAAAGCAGAUAUGAUAGACCCAAGUCUGGCGGCAGAGGGUCACUUUGUUCUUAGGCCAGCAUUAUGCGUCAUCUGGGAGAGAGUCCAAGCAUCUCUCUACAAGCAGCUGCAGCUCAUGGGCGUCCAGAACUGUGUUUUCCCCAUCUUGACACCGAAAAUCACGGAUACGAGCGAUGAAUACAAUGAACAUCAUACACGGAAUCUAGUGGCAGAUCAGCUUACCACUUCAUCCAUCAUCUACUCGCAUUUUACAAGGUGGAUUCAAACUCGCCUGGACCUCCCGCUUCGUCUCAACCAGUGGAAGUUGGUGACCUGCGAUGUAUCGCACCCUGAGCCGCUCUUCCGAUCCCGGGAAAUUCUCAUGCAGGAAGCACACACGGCACAUUUGACAGAGCUAGAUGCCAGUGGAGAACAAAAGCAGGUUCUUGACAUGUAUGCUGAUCUGUACGAAGGGCUUUUGGCUGUUCCAGUUGUCAAAGGUUACCGUGCUUAUAUCAACAGCAGUCAUACCUCCUCUGCCCUUGAUGGUGCUGAUGUCCAUGAGUCUACUAUGAUUGCGUAUGUGCCAGCAUUAGACCAAUGUGUCGAUGGAGGAUCAUGUCGUGCCUUAGGACAGAGCGUCAGCAGGAAAUACAGAAUCAUAGCAUCUGAUCGGACCGUUAAUCCCAAUGAGGAUGCUAGUUCUGGGGUGCACGUAUGGCAGAAUUCAUGGUGUUUCUCGAACCGCGCCCUCGGCAUCAUGCUGGCAAUCCAUGGCGACGACGAAGGAAUUGUCGUUCCACCUCGUGUUGCUGAGAAUCAAGUUAUCCUCAUACCAAGUGGAAGCCCACACAGGGAACAGGAAUGGCAAACCUUAUUAGCUGAAAUCCAAUCAAUUGAUACAGCACUGUCGGCGCUUGAUUUGCGUGCUCACGCGGACCUGAACGGCUCCCUCACAUUCGGUUGGAAACUGCGUGAAUGGACCAUUCGCGGGGCACCUUUGUGCAUUAUGCUAGGUACGAAGGAACUUUUAGGCCAAUACGCCAGAGUAUAUAGGAGAGACCUUCCAAAGCAGAUGCGCAGGUCUGAUAUUCCGCUGGCUGAACUUCCUGCCACAAUUCCCAGACUCCUAGAAGAGAUCCAGGGCAAUCUCCUCCAGACAGCACGCAGUAUCUUCUCGUCGCGCCAGAGGCAAGUGAUUAACUGGCAUGAGCUCACCCAUUACCUCUGCGAUAGCAAAGAGAUGAGUAUGUGCCUUGCCCCUCACUGUCUCACUGAAGGCUGCGCGCGGCAGAUCGAAACUUUACUUGCUAGGCCAGACCAUGAUAGAACAACGGGAAAUAGGAACAUAACAUGUUUGUGCAUUCCAUGGAGCCAACCUGUCGCAACAGAUACCGGGCUUGGUAAAUGUAUCAAUAGUUGUUGUGCAUCAGGUGCUAAAAAGUGGGCAAUGUUUGGCCCCAGGUUUGAAUGAACUACGAAGAGAAACACUGGAUUUGCCAUUAAGAUAUCUUCAAUUUCU